AUGUUCACUUCAGGGAUCAUGCCAAGAUCUAUCAACAACACACAUGUAAGACUAAUCCCAAAAAUACUAAGCCCUAAGAGUGUCUCUGAGUACAGACCAGUUGCUCUAUGCAAUGUCUACUACAAGAUAAUCUCCAAAAUCCUAACCUCCCGCUUACAAUCUAUCCUACCUCUAAUCAUCUAUGAGAAUCAAACUGCAUUUGUCCCAGGAAGAGAUAUAGCAGAUAAUAUUUUGAUAACACAUGAAACAUUAUCCGGAGCCACAAAAAGAUGCUCCAUGGCAGUCAAAACUGACGUGAGCAAAAGCCUAUGGCAGGCUAGAAUGGGAUUUUGUAGUAACGGUCAUGGAAAAGAUGGGAUCCCACGCCAAAUGGAUCAACUGGAUCCUACAAUGUAUCUCGACUGUUUCCUAUACUUUCCUAGUGAAUGGAGGAGCUUAGGGACGAGUCAUCCCACAGAGAGGCAUUCGACAGGGAGAUCCGCUCUCACCAUUUAUCUUCAUUAUUUGUGCUGGAGAAUUCUGAACAACCCUUCCAGCCUCCUAGCCCGAGUCCUGAAGGGUAAGUAUUGCAACUCCGAAGACUUUCUCACGGUCCCAGUGAAACCCUCUACUUCUCACGGUUGGCGAGGAAUCCUGAUUGGAAGAGACCUCCUAAACCACAAACUGGGGAAAGCAGUGGGCAGCGGACAAACCACAUCCAUCUGGCACGACCCAUGGCUGUGUUUGAAGUACCCUUCCCGGCCUCUUGGACCCCCGAACCUACAAGAAAAAGACAUGCUGGUAUCGGAACUCCUUACUGACCAACCUCGAGGAUGGAAUAAAGGAAAGAUAGAGAAGCUCUUACCCCAUCAUCUGAGUUCCAAGCAUAAAAGGUGCAAAAGACUCCUACAUAUGGAUCCCUACCAAAUCAGGGGACUACUCGGUUAA